AUGGGCCUAGCAGAAUCUGUCUUAGUGGGUAUUGAACCCGGGGAGCAGCCGCAGCAGCGGCCUCGUGAGGUCACCUGCAUAGCCGAGGCAACAGCAACACAGCAGCGGCUGCUGCACAUACCCUUAUUAUGUGGGGCCUGGACGUACGUAGAUUUCAGCACACUGUUAGGUGAAGGGAGCUACGGCGCGGUCUAUGCUGGCUCGGUAGACAGAAGCACCUGCCGGUACUCCCCGGGAGGGGCCCUCGGGGGACCCUGCUUCACCAGAGUCCCUGGGGCCCCAAGGCCCCACCGCCACCUUGAAAUCCCCAGGGGCUCUGUAAGGGGCACAGACUUGUUGGAAGGGGAGAGCCGGCAGAGCAGCAGGUGCAGCAGCAGCAGCAGGGGCAGCUGCAGCAGCAGCUGCAGCAGCAGCAGUAGCGUUUCUUCUCGGAUGGGUUGUCAGUACUGCUUCUUUGAUAGGACUCGACAGGUGGCGGUUAAGGCACUGAGGCAUUCAUCAGAAAGGCAGCAGCAGUUUUUCAUCAAUCGAUUCAAAUUCUUGCAGCUGAUUAGGCUGCAGCAGCUGCUGAGCAGCAGCAGCGGCCACGAUACAGACACAGAUACUGAAACGUGCACCGAAGCAGAACUAGACAGAGAGAUAAAGCCAGAAACCAAAGGAGAUGCUAAGGACGGAGCAGCAACGAAAUUUAAAGCCGAAAAGGAGACAGGGGAACGGCAGGAUGAAGUACCCGAUACGACAGCGAGUAGCAAAGAAGCUACGGAGCUUGCUGCCGAUUCGAGUCAACACACAGCUCAUCCGCCGAAACAAAUACAAAAUGACGCAUUCGCAAUGCUGUUGGCAACCAUACACGAGCGUUGCCACCCCCCAUCAGGAGCAGCAGCACCCCCACCUCCAGCUGCCGCCGCAGCAGCAGUAGCAGGGGGUUCCAGCUGCAGCUGUUGCCGCUUUCUACAGUUCCCCAGUUUCGACUCCUUACACCUGCUGCAGGUAUUUGGGGUGUAUGCAUGCAGUCGGGUGUCUCGCGAGUUUUUGGUUAUGGAAAAACUGGCGGGCCCCACACUCUUCGAGUAUUUGUGUCGGAAGUACAGCCAAGUGCUGCCCACAGAGUGGGAGGCCUCCCAGAUCAUUGUGCCUAUUCUGAAGGGACUAAGGUGUAUUCACCAAGAGGGGUUUAUUCACGGAGACAUAAAGCUUGAAAAUAUCAUGUUUAGGUCUGCUGCACCCCAUCCGGCAACUCUGACUUUAGUGGAUUUGGAUGGGCUGACGCCACUACCAUGUGCAGCAGCACGAGCAGCACAGGCUUACUCUAUUGCUACUGCUGCUGCACAGCAGCAGCAGCAAGGUGGAUCUGGAACUGGAGGGAAAAGGAACCUUUUGCUGCCCACUGCGAGGGCAAAGGAUCCAGCUUCAGCAGCAAACGCAGCAGCCGCAGCCGCCGCAGCAGCAGCCUGCACCAGCUCUCUUGCUUCUCUACUAAGCGGGGAAGGGGGUGCUCUCGAGGGUCUCUGCUGCACCCCUCAGUACCUGCCGGCUGAAGUUGUGAAGGAGAGAAAACUAUCGACGUUCGCUGACCUGCAUGCAGUGGGGUGUAUAUGCUACUUGCUAAUGGAGGGUUGCUUCCCGCAUGAAAGAGUCAACCUUAAAAGCCAAGGGAUAAUGAGCAGCGGCCGUCUGUGUCAGCAGCUAUCCCAAGAUGUCCGCUAUCCCCGCCUAAAGCAGCAGUACUCUCUUCUGUGCGAAAACUUUAUGCGUAAGCUCCUCAGCAGCAGCAGCAGACACAGGUUUCAGACGGCAGCAGAGGCCUUGGCUCACCCCUGGAUAGCGUACGCCCGCAGCCUGAGAACCCCUCAGCAGCAGCAACAGGAAAAGCUGCUGCUGCGGUCAGUGCUCGAUGCUGCAGAGGCUGCAGCUGCUGCUGCAGCGGAAGCAGCAGAAAAGGUGGCAAGGGCGGCAAAGGAACAGAAACAGGCAGAGGCUGCGGCAACUGCUGCUGCUGCUGCAGCAGCGCAGGCUGCUGAAGCGGAAGCUGCAGCACUGCAGAGAGCGGCCCAGCAAGCGGCAGCAGCAGCAGCAGCAGCAGCACGGAAAGCAAAAGCAGAGGAGAAGGCACAGCAGGCGGCAGCCGCAGCAACUGCAGCAAAAGCAGAGAAAACCAGGGCAGACCAAGCAGCUGAGCAGGCAGCAGCAGCUGUCGUUGCCCUGGCAGAGUGUCGUGCUGGAGCAGAUGAAGAGCCGCUGCUACUGAGCCCUCGCACUGCAGCAGCUUCUGUAGCCUGCGGCAAGGAAACUUACAAUCAAGGGACCUUUCACAAUGUGCAAAAGGAACUGCUGCAGCGAUUUGUCACGCCUCCCUCUGCUGCUAUUGCUGCUACUGCUGACUCACAACGGCAUCAAGGUGUUUACGACGGGGUUGCUGUGCCCCGACUCCCAAUUCCUGCUCUUCACGUGUCUCAAGUAGAAAGAGAAGAUUCAUUUUUCAAAGGUGCAGCAAGGUUUGUUGCUGCUGCUCGUACACCCAGAACACCUAGGCGACACCGCAGGUCUGGGGAAGCAGCAGCGGCGCAACAGCAGCAAGAGCCGCACGAACAGCGUAAGGAGGGGAAAAACGUGAAGGAGACGAAACACAAUAUUUCUGAAGCUUCAGCAGAAGCAGAUGCUGCAGCAACAGCAUCAGCAAAUAUAGCCGCAGAUUCCAACGGGUCCACUGCUGACUCUUCAGCCUUUGUGCUGUUGAACGAACAGCAUAGAGCAUUCGCUAAGGCAGGGGCUGUUGCUGCAGCAGCGAAGCCCUCAGUGACUGCUGCUUCCAAGAGUUUGUAUGUACAGCAGCAGCAGAAGCAGCAGACUGGGCGUACGCCAGUUUCUGGAGCUGCUGUCCUUCGGGGUUCUGCUGCAGCGGCGCAUAGCAGCAGCAGGGGCCCCUCUCCGCCAGCAACAGCACCUGCUGCUGGAAGAGCUGAGCCUGUUAGCCUGUGUACAACCAGGCUACAAACGAUACAGCAGCAGCAGCAGCACCACAGCAACAGCAACAGCAGCAACAACGGCCCUGUUGAACAACAAGGACAUCCGCCACAACAACGGGUCUCAAUUGCAGAGCCUGGAGGGUCUAAUGAGUCAGCUGUGGAGAACACUCGGCUGCAACAACAGAAAACAAGUAGCAAUCCAGGUGUAGCGGACAAGAAGCUGACGCAGCAGCAGCAGCAACACCAUAAUCAGCACCAUCACCACCAGCAGCACCGUCAUCACCACCACCACCACCAGCAGCUUCAGGAGCAGCACCGCCCUCAGCGCCAACAGGACAAGCACAACUCACAGAAUCCGCAGCAACAGCAGGAACAACAAAAUGCUUCUGUCGAGAGCAUGCCAAAUUGGUACGAGGGUUUGGUGGGCCUCUUGGGCGUAGUGGCGCUACAAACACCGCGAGACAACCGGCGCUUUGACUGA